CCUCUCAAUUCUCCGCUUAAACCUUAGCUCAAACAUGUCGUCUCGCCCUUCCGCGUUCGACAUUCUCAUGUCCAACGCCCUCUCCGCAUCCAAGAAAAGCCCCUCCUCUUUCUCAUACAGAAAGAAGUGUGGAAGAGCAGCAGAUAGGAUUACUGCGGCCCAUGAAGGAUUAGAACUGGGAAUUGGGGAUGCUUCCAUUAUCAAGGCGCUAGCAGAGGCGUUUGGGAGAACGGAGGCACUGGUUAAGAACCAGUUCAAGGAAAAAGGAGAUCUCGGUCUUGUUGCACAAACAAGUCGUUCAUCUCAGUCUAUGAUGCGCAAACCUGAUCCAUUAACAGUUGCCAAAGUUUUUUACGCUUUUCGGCUUAUUGCUAAGGAAUCUGGAAAGGAUAGUCAGGAGAAGAAAAGGAAUUGUAUCAAGUCACUUCUUGUUGCAGCCACUGACUGUGAACCUCAAUAUCUAACCUGUCUUCUUCAGGAUACAAUAUUCCCUGCUCUUCUGAAGGAUGGCAUGUGGGAUAUUCCAAAGACAUGUUGCUUUACACUGGGUGUCCGUAUUGAACCUAUGCUAACAAAACCAACCAAAGGAGUUGGGGAAAUUGUAAAUAAAUUCCCAGAUAUUAAAUUUGUAUGUGACUACAAAUAUGACAGAGAACGUGCACAGGUUCAUUACAUGGAUAAUGAUUCGGUUGAGAUAUACAGUUGGGAUGCUGAGCAGAACACUGAAGAGUUCCCUGAUGUUGUUGCUGCAGUUGCAAGAUUGAAGAAAUCUCAUGUAAAAUCUUUUGUUUUGGAUUGUGCUUGGCAAAAGACCUCGCAAAAUGUGGAUGUGAAGGACAUCAAAGUUGACGUAUGCACAUUUACUUUUGAUGUCUUGUAUCUUAAUGGGCAACCACUUAUUUUGGAACAACUAAACGUUCAUAAAGAGUGGCCUCAUGACUCGUUUGAGGAGGAACCUCGGUUUUUUCAGUUUGCAGUUACACUGAAGUCAAAUGAUAUUGAGGAAAUACAAAAAUUUCUUGAUGCAGCUGUUUCUGCAAGUUGUGAAGAUUACAUGGAUAAUAUUGGAGACACCUUUGAUUUAGUACCUUUUGCUGCUUUCCAUGGCCAUGGGAAAUGGACAGGUGUUUAUGGUGCCUUUCUAUUGGCAUGUUAUGAUUGUAAUAAUGAAGAAUUCCAGAGCAUUUGUAAAAUAGGCUCUGGAUUUUCUGAAGCAAAGCUAGAAGAACUUUCUGCUAGUCUCCACUCUAGAGUGAUUCCUAAACCAAAGCCGUCCUACGUUUUUGGAGAAACACUUGAUCCCGAUGUAUGGUUUGAGCCAUCUGAGGUUUGCGAGGUAAAAGCUGCUGACUUGACCAUUAGCCCCUGUUCAUCUUGCAACAGUUGGGGCCAUGGAUCCUGUUAAGGGCAUAUAUCUCCAAUUUCCCCGUCUCAUUCGUGUUCGAAGAGACAAGACACCAAAGAAAGCUACAUCAUCUGAGCAGGUUGCUGAUAUGAAUAAAAAAUCAACAGCACAAUGGAAGACUGAAGAACACGUUUGUGUACAUUGUUGAUACUUGAUGGGAACACAUGGCAUGUGAGUGGAUACCCUAAUCAACGGCACAUGAGGAGUUGGAACUUAAUGGAAGGUGUGCAGUAAGACAAAUAGUCGUUCAAACUUGUUCUUCCAGCUCAAGGCGACUGUGAUGAUUGUUAUGAGUCAAAUCACGGUGGCACAGACAUGGACCGCAAGAGGCGGGUCUUUUCUAGCGGCUUAUUUGUUGCUUUC